GUUGAGCUCUCGACCAUCUGCACAUGGGGCAAGUGCCAUGGGCGCCUGGACAGGGUUCUGAAGAAGAGUCCAGACGUGAAUUUCAAGGGCGACGAUGGCCGCACGCCGCUACACCACGCCGCGGCCGCCGGUUCCGCGGGCUUCUGCAGGAAGUUGCUGGAAGCCAAGGCCGACCCCAACGUGCCCGCCACGGCGGCGCUGCAGACGCCCCUGGAUCAGGUGAUCGCGCACAUCGAGUACCAUGAGGAUUACGACAAGCGCAUGAAUUCUUUCGAGCAGGUGAAUCGCCUCGACGACUUCUCGCUGGCGGUGCGCCCGGACCUCGCCCCCUUCCGGGAGGUCCGCCAGGUGCUGGAGGAGGCAGGGGCGGUGCGCUGCGGCGCCUACAGCGAGGAGCCGACCAUCCAGCCCAGCGGCUCCAUCCGCGGCGGCCCGGCCUCGGCGCUCCGAGCCUACGAGCCCGGCGAG